CAACAACAACAGCAACAGCAACAGCAACAACAACAGCAACAACAACAACAAGUGCAACAACAACAGCAAAUGCAACAGCUACAACAACAACAACAACUACAACAACUACAGCAACAGCAACAGCAACAGCAGCAACUAUAUCGCCAACAGCAACUGCAACGACAACAACAACUACAACGACAGCAACAAUUGCACAAGCAUUACCGUCAGCAACUUCCUGGAAAGCCGAAUUCAGGUUUAUCUAUGCCACCAGAGUUCAACACAAGGUCUCAAAACAGGAGUGGCUUGAACAUGAAUGAUACUUAUGGCCCAUGCUUUGAUACAGGUAUGGCAUACAAUAGCUAUUCCAGUUCAUAUGUAACACAAGAAAAAUACUUCCCAUCCAUCCCAUCAUCUUCAGCGAUCCCUUUUGGUGGCAAUCAAUAUAACGGUACGAAUCAAAGCAAUGGAAUAACCUAUACUGAUCAUCUGGUUCACAAAACUGGCUUCCAGAAUAUGUAUGAUUCAGCCAAUAAUGAUCUCUGCAACAAUACAACGGUACCAGCAAGAAGAAAUAGCAGCAGCAAUCAUUACAAUAGUAACAACAGUAUGCAUCAUGAUAAUCAACAAGGUAUCCCGACCAGUAUGCAUCCUUUUGCUGGUAUUCUCAACAAAGCCAACUUGAAAAUUUGUGGUGAUCUGAUGGAAAUGACGUUUCAGUGGACUACUAGUGAAUGGCAAAGCGGUCGACGAUUGGUUCGAUUUUGGCGACGGCAAAAUACAAGCAAUGAAAUCAACAAUGCAGACACUCAUACUACCGAUGGCAAUAAUGACAUGACAACGUCCUCUUUGGUGGUUUCCUGUAUCUAUUGGCGCGAAAGAAAUGACUAUUUCAUCACUUCUGUCGAUUGUAUCUACUUGUUGGAAGGCUUGAUUGGUGUCCAAUUCACAGUGGAGGAAAAAAAUAGGAUUAGACGCAACUUGGAAGGAUUUCGACCGUUGACUGUUAGCAAAUGCAAGAUAGACUGUGCUGACUUUUUCAAGCUGAUCAUGGGAUUUCCGCAUCCAAAGCCAAGAAAUAUUGAAAAGGAUGUCAAAGUGUUUGCCUGGAAAACCUUGCCUCAUGCAUUGCGGAAAAUCAUCAGAAAAUAU